AUGUCGCUAAGUCAGACACGUACCAAGCUGGAGACGUUUUUCUGGGGAAAGCCGCCCUCGGAUCCCAAGGAGAGAAAGCUUCUCUUGAAAUUGGACUUAGUCAUACUUUCCUAUGUCUGCUUGUCUUACCUCGACAGAGCCAAUUUGGCGAAUGCAUAUACCACUGGAAUGCGGGAGGAUGUAGGAUUCCAAGGCAAUGACUACACCUACGCCAACUCAAUGUUCACAGCCGGCUAUGUUGUAGGCCAGUGGCCCUCUGCUCUCAUCCUCUCUUCCGGUCGCAUCUCGCCGAGGUUCUGGUUCCCGUUCUGUAUGAUUGCGUGGGGGUUAUGCACCCUUGGUCUAGCCUGGGUGACCACUCCUCAUCAAGUCUGGGGGAUACGAUUCGUACAAGCACUGUUCGAAGCCUCCACCUUUUCCGGCACGCACUACAUUCUUGGAUCCUGGUACAAAGACCACGAGUUGGGCAAGCGAUCCGCCGUCUUUGCCACAGCUGCUCAAAUUGGUACCCUCUUCUCGGGCGUCAUGCAAGGGGGCAUCAUGACCAACCUUGAUGGCAAAGGCGGUUACAAAGGCUGGCAAUACCUCUUCAUCAUUGACUUUGCCAUUACCGUCCCGAUCGCCACCUAUGGUUUCGUCAUGUUCCCCGGAACACCACACGGUACCAAGGCUUUCUGGCUGACGCAAGAGGAAAGAGAUCUCUGCCUCCGUCGAUUGCCCCAUGUCGAGCAGCACAAGAUGACUUUCGGCAUACUCGGAACGUCACUCAAACGACUGCUCACUUCAUGGCGGUGGUAUCUUUUCACCGCCUUGUUCACCGUGUCUGCUACUGCCUUUGAAAAGGUCGGAGUUUACACUGAAUUCAACCUUUGGCUCGAAUCGGCGGGAUACAAUGCUCGACAGAUCUCCUACUAUCCAUCCAUCUUUACAGCUACAGCCAUCGUCUCUACCUACUUUCUCACUGUCCUCUCCGACGCGACCCGCAACCGUUUCAUGGUGAAUCCCGUCAUGUUUGUCGCCGUGUUCAUCUCCUCUGUCAUGCUCCUCAACUGGGACCAUCUCACCCCCGGUGGGCAUUGGUUCGCAUACAUCAUCGGAGGAUUUGGCUAUGCAGGCCAAGCUAGUAAUUUCGCCUGGGCGAAUGAGCUUUGUCGGGAUGAUGACGUUCUGAGGUCCAUCACCCUGUUCACCAUGAACCUCGGAUCAAACAUUUGGAAUCUCUGGUACCAGAUUGUAGCCUGGCCUGUCGUUGAAGCCCCCCGUUUCCGGAACGGCCAAAUCGCCACCCUGGUCUGUGGGGCUGUGUCCGUAUUGAUUGCCGCGGCCAUCGUCUACUGCUCUAAACGAUGGCCACCCAACCUUCCAGAGACUGAAAUCGAUCACGACAGAGAAAGCGUGGGAGGCGAGGCGGACGCAAAGAUGAGGAAGGAUGAGGAAGCUGGGAUUGCUGUAGAGGGUGUACGAAUUUGA